AUGCUCGAGUCGCCCGUGCUGAAGCGAGUUGAGGCUCAUAGAGCUGCGCAGAACAAGCAAGGAACUCGCAAGGCUGUCGAGGGCGAAUGUGCAAUCUGCUUCAUGGAAUUGGGAGCCAGAGAAAAGAUUGUUUGGUGUCAGUUUGGAUGCGGCAACAAUCUUCACGACUCAUGCUUCAAGAAAUGGUCCAAAGCUUCUGGGGGCACAGCUCGCUGUGUGUAUUGCCGGACUCCUUGGGAAGGCGAAGAUCCAAAUGCCCAGGCAGAAGCCAUCCGUAAUGCAGGCAUACGUGUAGGUGGAUAUGUGAAUGUCGCGGAACAGUUCGGGAUGAUGGGCCAUCGAGGUAUGAAUUUUUCUCUGCUAUCUAUCACAUACUUGGUCCUCAUUGACAGCUCAUACGUUCCAGGUACAUUGACCCACCAAGCGUACCAUGAGAACCCCAAGGGUCCUGAUGUCGGCACCAAGGGUGACCCGGAGGCAAAGGGCCUUUGA